AUGCCCAACAACGAUAUUGAGAUCACCACGAUAUGCGCAGACUUGGAGUCCUCUAAGUUUACGCUUUUGUCGUCAGGCCAUGAGCCUAACGAACAAGAUCGAAUGAAUGCUGAACAUGUUGCCAAAAAACUGCCAAAAAUCAAAAUUUUCGGCACUGGAGGAACCAUUGCGUCGAAAGGAGCUUCUUCGUCGCAUACUGCUGGCUACCAUGUGGAUUUGACCAUUCAACAGCUUUUGGAAUCAAUUCCUGACAUUUCCAAGAUAUGUGAUAUCGACUAUGAGCAGCUAUGCAACGUUGACUCUAAAGAAAUUGACGAAAACUCGCUGGUGAGUAUAUACAACGGGAUUUCUGCCGCGCUGCAAACUUUUGAUGGUAUUGUGAUUACUCAUGGGACCGACACUUUGGCGGAGACGACUUUUUUCAUCGAAAGCACCAUCGACUCUGGAGACGUUCCGGUGGUAUUUGUAGGAUCCAUGAGACCUUCAACUAGUGUUUCUGCAGAUGGACCCAUGAACUUGUAUCAGGCGAUCUGUAUAGCAGCAGACAAACAGUCGCGCGGCCGUGGUGUGCUAGUGUCGCUCAACGACCAGAUUUCUGCAGGUUACUACAUCACCAAAACCAAUGCCAACACACUCGAUUCCUUCAACGUGAGACAGGGCUACUUGGGCAAUUUUGUCAACAAUGAAGUACACUAUUACUGGCCACCAGCCAAGCCCGAAGUGUGCCACAAGUUCAAGCUAGGACUAUCGUCCUGCAAUGCAAUCGCCAACACGAAAGAUGAUGCUGGUGUCCAAGACCGUUUUUUCAAUUUCCCUACUGUGCAUGUUCUGUAUGGCCACCAAUCGCUGUCACCAGAGCUGGUCAAGCUUGUUGCAAAGACUUGCAAGGGUCUGGUCAUUGCCACGAUGGGUGCUGGAUCUCUGCCGUCUGCUGUGAACGACGUUGUGUUGGAAUUGUCAAUUCCGGUCAUCUACUCCAAAAGAUCGAUGGACGGGAUGGUCCCCAAGGCAAAUAUGCCCCAACAGGAAUCCAAAACUGCCAGAAGCAACAUCAUCGCAUCUGGGCAUUUGAAUCCAGAAAAGAGUAGAAUUCUGCUUCAAUUGUGCUUAUUUGAAAGAUUUGGUCUGAACGAAAUCAGAGAAGUGUUCAGCAACGCUUACGGUGGUUAA